AUGGCUGCCAUCAGGAGUGGGGUGACUCCGGGAUGCUUAGCAAGAUGUUUCCUGAGACAGACUGGAAAACCGAGCCGAGGCAGCCGUCCCCUCUCAGACAUUUGGACCCACCGGUCGCUCCAGAGGUCCGGUCUCCACACAGUGUUUGAAUGUCGUGGUCCUGCCGCGAGGACUCUGCUGGGCCGCAGGCAUCAGGGGAAGUUCCUGUGGGUGAACGCCGUGGCCGUCAGACACAACAGCUCACAGAUCCCACCUGAGGAUGGCGGCGCGGCAGCUCCAGUGCUGGAGUCCUCCUCCGUCUCUCUGCCCGCUGACCCCGCCCCCAUCAUCACACAACCAAUCACUGAACAGAUACCAGUUGAAACAGUUUCGGCGGCGGCACCAGUGCUCGACAUCUUUCCUCCUCCUCCUCCUCCUCCAGUCUUGAAUUCCUCCCCUGAGCUUUUAUCCGUGGACCCUGCUCCUGUUUUAACACAGCCAGUCAUCGAGCAGGUGUCUGACGCUGCACCGACUGCAGUGGAGGUCCUGCAGGCUGCGACCACAGAGACCAGUUUGGCAGAGCUGGGACUGGCCGGCCACACACCAGUGGGCCUGAUCCAGAACUUGUUAGAGUUCAUGCACGUGGAUCUGGGUUUGCCCUGGUGGGGGGCCAUUGUAGUAGGAACAGUUUUGGCUCGUUUGGCCGUGUUUCCGGUCAUAGUGAAGGGCCAGAGGGAGGCCGUCAAGCUGAACAAUGUUCUGCCCGAGAUGACCAAACUCACCAGCAGGAUGAACGAGGCCAAACAGAGUGGAAACAAAUUUGAAUUUGCCAAAGCCUACACCGACCUGAACUUGUUCCAGAAGAAGCACGAUGUGAAUCCUCUCAGAGGCUUCCUGGUUCCUCUGGUGCAGGCACCAGUGUUUGUCUCUUUCUUCAUCGCUCUGAGGAAGAUGGCGUAUCUGCCGGUGCCCAGCCUGCAGACAGGAGGCCUGCUGUGGUUCACAGACCUGACGGCUGCAGAUCCUUUUUAUAUCCUGCCGCUGGCCGUCACUGGAACCAUGUUCUUCAUUCUGGAGUUGGGUGCAGAGUCUGGUGUCGACAACCCCAACCUGCGAGCCAUGAAGACCGUCUUCAGGAUCAUGCCCUUCGUCAUCCUCCCCCUCACCAUCAACUUCCCCACGGCGGUGUUCACGUACUGGCUGACCUCCAACUGCUUCUCUUUGGGUCAAGUCGCUCUGCUCAGACACCCUCUGGUCAGAGAGAAGUUGAAGAUCCCCGAGAGGAUCAAACACCCGGCCACCGCGCUGCCCGAAAAUGACGGCUUCUUCAAAAGUAUGAAGAAAGGCUGGAAAAACGCUCAGCUGGCCCAGCAGCUGGAAGAGAGGGAGCGAAGAAUCAAAAAUCAUCUGGACCUCGCCGCCAAAGGUCCGCUGAGGCAGACUUUUACCCACAAUCCCCUUAAGCAGACUGAGCCUAUAGCCGCAGCAUCAGUGAAAGCCAAGCCAGCGAGUGGCAAAGCGAGGCCGUGGAAGGACACUAUCGGAUAGAUCAGACUCAAAAAUGAACAGUAUCAUGGUUUAUGUAAAUAUUUAUGGAUGGAAGAGAGGACAGGGAGGGAAAAGGACGUCAUUAUGUAUUAUUCUAAUUAAAAUCUGUCCCAAAACAA